AAAUAUAUUUUGUUACCAUUGUUAUUUCGAUUGAAUCAAUAAAUUGUGUCGUGUAUGAUUACCGAUUGAAUCAUCAUCAAUACUCGAAGACUCGACACUGAUGGCUCACAAGACAUCCACAUUCAAUGAUGCUUUCGAGGAUAUUAAUCUAGCUGAACAAAGACGUCACCGACAGAUGGGUUUUACCUGUGGAUAUUCGGUGGGCGAAGAAGCUGGCUGGCGUGAUGGGUACAUAUUUGGUAUGCGUAAAGGUGCUCAGUUAUCGGCCGAAAUCGGCUACUAUCAAGGAUUCGCUCAUGCUUGGAUAUCGAUCCUGGAACAUGAAGAUACGAACAAACAACGCAAACUUAAUGCAUUACAUUCCCUAUUAGAGAUGACCCGAACCUUUCCUCGAACCAACAACCUGAUGGAAGAUGAUGCUGUUCAAAAAUUGGCUCGAAUCCGUGCUAAAUUCAAACAAGUCAAUGCAUUAAUCCUUGGCACAUCGACAGCAUUUUUCAGUUCAUCAUUUACUGGUGGUGGUAGUGGUGGUGGCAGCGGAAGUGCCCCUGGUGGUGGUCCGCCAACUGCUAGUCAAGGAGCUGCUACAACUAUACACGGUUCUUCACAUCACACACAUGCACCACACUUGGGUGGAAUAUAUAAUCGUGGCGGUACAUCCUGUACUUCACAAGAAUCAGGCGUCGGCACAUCAUCAUUUCGUGGUGUAUCGCCCACUGCAAAUAAUAAUAUGACCACAUCAUGUCCACAUCAUCACCACCAUCAUCAUCAUCAAGUAGCACCGCCACCGAAUGUAGAAAUGUCAUUCUAAACUAAAUAAUCAUAGUGUUAAUCUGUUAAGUAUUUUUUCUUUUCGUUAAAUGAAAGAAUUGUUUAUUUUCGACAAAAUCUCGAUAAAUUA